UUAGAAACGGCAGUAGGCGCGGGACCAGGCAACCUGGGGGAGAGUGCGGAGAGGGAGCUGGACCGGACCGAGCAGGACCAAGGCCAUGGCGGGACGCCAGAGGGAGAAGGUGAUCCCAGAUGAGGUCCAUCAGAACCAGAUCUUGCGGGAACUGUACCUCAGAGAGCUACGAACCCAGAAGCUCUACACGCAGUACCACGUGAACCCGCUGCGCAAAGUUCACACAAUUACCAGAAAGCCCAUGUCUUGGCAUGAUAACCUGGAGGAACCUGCAGAUGCCAGGUUUCUGAAUCUUAUUCACCAUGCUGCCCAGGGACCAAGGAAGAAAUACCCAGAGACACAGACUGAAAGCCAAGAAAUAGGAUGGGACUCAGAGCCCUUGGUCAACCCAGAACGCCAUGACUCAAGACUGAACCACUUCAGGGUCUACAAGGACAUCACUCUCUACAAAGCUAAAAUGUGGAGCUUGGGAGAAGAUGAUCGCCACAAGUAGCAUUCCAGCAAUGGAGUCAGCACUGGAUUUAAUGUGCAAAGUGUGCACAGCCCAGAAAAAUAAAUACUACCUUAAAGCCCAAGUCUGACUUUAA